AUGGCAGCAGCCCGCCGGCCAUCUCUGCAGCUACCCUGGUUGCUCCUCGCGGCUUGCCAGCCAAAGCCUCUUUGGAUCAGCCGUUACAAGGUGUUCCCUGUUGCUUUCGGCCGUUGGCCAUGUCAUCGGUACCUGGGGCGUGUGUCGUUCCCACCCCUGCUCCUCUGA